AUGUCUAGUUCUAAUAAAGCAGAUAAACCUCUUCCUUUCUUGUUUCACUUUAUUGCUGGCGGUAUCGCCGGUGUUAGUGAAAUCCUUGUGAUGUAUCCGCUUGAUGUUGUGAAAACGAGAUUUCAAUUGCAAGUUAAUACGAAUACCGGUGGUGAAAAAUACACUUCUGUACUAGAUUGCCUUCGGAAAAUUGUCAAGAACGAAGGCCGUCUUUAUAGAGGUAUCCUUCCUCCGAUCUUAGUCGAAGCGCCAAAAAGAGCAAUUAAAUUUUCAUCGAAUGAACAAUAUUCUACUAUAUUAAAAAAAAUUUAUGGUGUCGAUAAGAUGUCACAACAGUUAUCAAUCGCGUCAGGUGUUUGUGCAGGUUCUACAGAAGCUCUUGCUAUAGUUCCUUUCGAACUUGUUAAGAUUCGUCUUCAAGAUAAAGAAAGUGCAGGAAAAUAUAGCGGCACAUUAGAUGCAUUAACAAAAAUUAUCAAAAACGAAGGCCCCUUCGCGUUGUAUAAUGGGUUAGAAUCUACAAUAUGGCGCCAUGCUACGUGGAAUGGUGGAUAUUUUGGGGUUAUUUUCAAUGUUAGAAGAAUUCUUCCCAAACCGACCUCAAAACAACAAAAUUUAAUGAAUAACUUUAUUGCGGGAGGUAUUGGCGGCACCGUAGGUACGAUUUUAAAUACACCAUUUGAUGUAGUUAAAACUCGAAUCCAAAAUGAUUCUGGAGCUGUGAGAAAAUAUAAUUGGACACUUCCUGCUCUUAAGACAGUAGCUGUUGAAGAAGGAAUUGGUGCCCUUUAUAAAGGUUUUGUUCCUAAAGUUCUUAGACUUGGGCCUGGUGGUGGUAUUCUCUUGGUUGUGUUUGAUCAAGUGAGCACUUGGAUGAGAAAGUAUUUAAUAUAG